CCUCGAGAGCCCCCCCACCCCGCCCACGGCUCGGCCGCCUGCUCCGCAAUGGGAGCCGCCGCCGUCGCCGCUGUGUAGUUUUUCGUGCUCCUCCUUUUCCUCCUCCUCUUUCUCCUCCUCCUCAGGGCCCCAGUCAGGCCGAUCCGCUCCGCUCACGGGUUUAAGAUUAUCUGACUUUGAACUAUACAGGAUUGCUGACUGCUGAUAGAAAGGUCCUCAUGGAACAAAAUGCACCAUGGAAGUGGCUUUGUUAAAUUCCAUGAGGAAAAAUAAAUAAUAUAUCUCCCAACUGUAUUGAAUAGCAAAAGGCAUGUGAGAUCCUAGCUCCCUGACCAGGGAUUGAACCCUCACCCCCUGCAUUGCAAGGCGAAGUCUUAACCGCUGGACUGCCAGGGAAGUCCCUAGAUGUACUUUUUAAAUGAAUGAACUUUGGACUUACUGCCUCUCUGAUAAAUCAAAAAUGGCAGAACUCUUUAUGGAAUGUGAAGAAGAAGAGUUGGAACCAUGGCAGAAGAAAGUAAAAGAGGUUGAUGAUGAUGAUGAUGAUGAGCCGAUCUUUGUUGGAGAGAUAUCAAGUUCAAAACCAGCAAUUUCAAAUAUUUUGAAUAGAGUAAACCCCAGCUCAUAUUCAAGGGGAAUAAAGAAUGGUGCGCUCAGCCGAGGUAUUACUGCUGCAUUCAAGCCUACAAGUCAACACUACACGAACCCAACAUCAAAUCCAGUGCCUGCCUCGCCAGUAAAUUUUCAUCCUGAAUCUAGAUCUUCAGAUAGUUCUGUUAUUGUUCAGCCUUUGUCUAAACCUGGUUAUAUAACGAAGUCAUCACGAGUUGUUUCUAAUAAUUCUUCAGAGUUACUGUUUGACUUGACCCAGGAUACAGGAUUACCACUUUACCAAGGAGGACCAACACUUUCUAUAGCAGGUAUGAAUGAAAGUUCAUUUUUAUCAAAACGUCCUUCUACUUCUGAAGUAAACAGUGUUAAUCCAAAAAAGUCUAAACCCAGUGAAGGUGUUUCUGGAACAAAUUCCUCAACUGUAUUUUCUUCAGUUAAAUCUCUUUCAGUGACAUCUCCCCAGGCUAUGCCAUCAAAAGGUACAAAUAUCUCAUCAAAUCAAUCUAAAAAUGGAACACCUUUUCCGAGAGCUUGUCCAAAGUGCAAUAUUCAUUUCAAUCUUUUGGAUCCUUUGAAAAAUCACAUGAAGUACUGUUGUCCAGACAUGAUAAAUAACUUUUUGGGACUGGCUAAAACAGAAUUUUCAAGUACAGCAAAUAAAAGUAAGACUGUUGAUUCAGAAAAAGGAAAACUGAUCAUGUUAGUUAAUGACUUUUAUUAUGGAAAACAUGAAGGAGAUGUCCAGGAAGAACAGAAGACUUACACAACCUUUAAAUGCUUCAGUUGCUUGAAAAUUCUUAAAAAUAAUAUCAGAUUGAUGAUAUUAUCACUUAAUUUCAACAUUAUUUCCUGUAGUGACUCAAAGUUUAUGAACCACAUGAAACAUCAUUUGGAACUUGAGAAGCAGAGCAGUGAAAGCUGGGAAAACCACACCACCUGCCAGCACUGCUACCGUCAGUUUCCCACACCAUUUCAACUGCAGUGUCACAUUGAAAGUACACACACACCCCAUGAAUUUUCUACCAUUUGCAAAAUAUGUGAAUUAUCAUUUGAAACAGAGCAUAUUCUUUUACAACAUAUGAAGGACAAUCAUAAACCUGGUGAAAUGCCAUAUAUUUGCCAGGUUUGCAAUUAUAGAUCAUCAUCAUUUUCUGAUGUAGAAACUCAUUUUAGAACAUCCCAUGAAAACACUAAGAACUUGCUAUGUCCGUUUUGCCUCAAAGUUAUUAAAAUUGCAACACCCUAUAUGCAUCAUUACAUGAAGCAUCAGAAAAAAGGAAUACAUCGUUGUACAAAAUGCAGACUACAGUUUUUAACAUGCAAAGAGAAAAUGGAUCACAAGACUCAGCAUCAUCGGACAUUUAUAAAACCUAAACAACUAGAAGGAUUGCCUCCAGGAACAAAAGUUACUAUUCGAGCUUCAGUUGGCCCUCUUCAAUCAGGAUCUUCAACUACACCUACCAUUAGUGCAAGCACUUCUACCCUUCAGCUCUCACCUCCAAGGACUAAAAAUAUAACUGCUAAAAAUCCCACAAAAUCUAACACAAGUAAACCUAAUAUAACUAAAUCCAUUGCAAGUAAACCUAAUGCAAGUAAGCCUAAUGGAAGUAAAUCUAAAUACAAAUCAAAAAUAUCUAAUAUGCAAAAGAAACAAAGCACAUUGGCUAGUAGCAAUAAAAAAAGUAAAGUCAAUACAGCAUUGAGGAAUUUAAGGUGUCGUCGGGGAGUUCACAAGUGCAUUGAGUGUUGUUCUGAAAUAAAAGAUUUUGCAAACCAUUUUCCUACAUAUGUCCACUGUAGUUUUUGCAGAUACAACACUAGCUGUAGCAAAGCCUAUGUGAAUCAUAUGAUGAGCUUUCAUAGUAAUCGUCCAAGUAAAAGGUUUUGCAUCUUUAAGAAGUAUUCAGAAGAUCUCAGGGGCAUUACUCUAGUGUGCCUUAAUUGUGAUUUCCUAACUGAUGUUUCUGGCUUAGAUAAUAUGGCUACACACUUAAGUCAACAUGAAACUCAUGCUUGUCAAGUUGUAAUAGAGAAAGUUUCUGUUUGUAUCCCAACUUCUGAACAUCUUUCUGAAUGGAGAAGCAGCCCAGAGAUUUCAAAAAAUGUUCAGGGUACACCUGGACAGUGUCCCCCUUCGAUGGACACAACUGAUGCCUGUUCUCUCUUUCCAAGGAAUGUGACUAAUUUGACUGUGGGACCUGCUCUAGGUUGUGGUCUCAGGAAAUCAGAUCUUGGGGAGACUCCCUUCUCUCAUGGCUGGCCUUCCAUGAGGCUGAUGUUGAUAUAGCCAGAGAUGGUAUCAAGGCCCACCAAAUAGAGCACAGCUUCCCACUGGGGGCUUUGGCUCUUGAUCUUAAGCUUGUGGGUCACUUCUGGCCAAGAAAAUCAAAUCUGUGCUUCAGUGUCCCAGUUGAAGUUUAGUCAUUUUGGCUGCUUCCCUUUAAUCUUCCUCUAGCAUGAAUGCAUCCAAGGAAUACAAAAGCUCCGGUUAUUAGGAAAUGGUUAUUUUUCAUAUCCUUGGAACAACAGGUCCCUACAAUUAUGUUGCAAAAUUUCACUUAUUUUUACUGUUAUUUAAAAUGUAUUACCCAGGAGUAACUUCAUAGUUUUUUAACAGCAUCAAUUAUCAGAUUUUUUAUUUUUAAAAAAUUCAGUUUAAUUUUGAUAGCUUGGUUUUAUGUUCUCCAAAUGUAUUGAUGUCUAUUUUUAUAUUCUUUUCUUUAAAACUGUUGUUUAGUGUUUGCUUUAUUUUGUUAAGAACUCCAAGAUAUUCCCUAGAAUUCUCUACAGAUUUACUAUAGCUGCUUAUUUAUAGCUUUUUAAUUUGGCUGUUGUUCAGACCGUUAGACAUGAUUAUAUCCAUUCUUAUUUCGGGAUUAUUAUUAUUAAUAUUAUCUUAAUAAUUGUGAGUUCUAAGGUGUAAAGAAUUGACAAAACCUAUUCUUGGAGACCUUAAAACAAGGUUUUUUAAAAAUUUAGUUUUAUUUUUUUAUACAGUAAAACAAGUUUUAAAGUUGCAUAUUUGUACAUCUAAUACAUAAUACCUACUUAGCUAUUAAUAGUUCCUUUGGGUAGUGGUAACAUUAAAAAAAUAUAAGGGCCAAUAAUGCACUUGUUUCUAUCAUAUAUAAAACAUAUUUCCACAUAUAUAUAUUUUUUAAAGUUGACAUUUGUUUAUUUUAGUUACAUUGACUAUAGCUCUAAUAAACAGUUUUGAUGCUAUUAUUUUGUUUUAAUAAAAAUUCUGUUGUUUAAGUGCCUCAGGAAUUAUUUACCAAUAAAGAAUUUCAUAUGAAAGCUGUAGAUUUAAUCAUAUAAAUAGGAGCAUUGCCUUUAUUGUUUCAUGGAAGCCCUAUUAUUUGGCCUGCACACUGAGAGCUGUAUCUACUUAGUGCAUCUUGCUUUUUUUCCUCUGGCACAAUUGAAAGGUCACUGUUUAUACUCUACCAACUUAUUGAAUUUUAAUGACAUGUAAAAUACCUUUUGUGAUCUUAGUUGCCAUAAGGGUUAGGCAGGCUCUGGAAAUAUGACUCAGUCAUGUUUUUUUACUCUGAAGUCAGAACUUGCUCAGUUUUACUUUGGAACAGAUUUAAAGCCAGUAUAGAUGACUACUUAUUAUGUAAUGUGCUUCUUGCAAUUAAUAAUCAAAAAAUUUGAACCCAUUAGUUUUAAAUUUCCAAACUAAUUUCUACGGUAAAUGAAUAAUUUUUCAAAAGCUCUGGAAGUGGCUUGUCUCUCAGUAGGUGAACUUGGUGUUAUGCUAGUCUUUAUUUCCUUAUCUGUCUCUAGGAAGUUUUGUCAUUCACCCUCUUUCUACCCAGUUUUUUUUUUUAAUUUAAAAAUUUUGUCCAGAAACAACUUCUUUACAUUUUUAACAUAAGUUCCUUUUUCAUUUAUAGAUGUUUGCUCUACCUUGGCUAUAGUUUAAAAAUAUGAGAAAUUGUAUUCUUGAUAUAGCAAUGUAGGAGUACUGCUUUGUGUUCUUCCAUAGGACUCUGUUUUAUAGUAUUAUCAAGUUCAUUUUCUUAAAGUUUAAACUCCUAAAGUUCUAUCACCUAUAACUUCCUUUUUAAAAAAAUAAUUUAAAUAAAACACCUAAGGCAGCUAGUACAAAACUUGUUGAUUAUAGGCAGUUGGUCAUAUUUUAAUUUUGUGCUAAUGAGUUUUAGCUUGAGUCUAAUCCCUCCUUGCCAUCAGGUUAUUCUAAAUAGUUUAUUCACCUGAUCAGAAAUUGCCAUUUCAUGCAUGUGUGCUUUUGGUUACCACUGAAAAAAAAAUGAGAUUGGUUCAGUUUAAGUCCAUCGCUCUUUUGAGAAAAAAUGACUGCUAAACUACAGAGACUUGGAUUCUUGCCAUUUUUAUGAUAUUUUGGCAUAACUCCUCACCUCUUCGGGCUUCAUUUGUUUAUUCAGCAAAUAUUUCUUGAACAUCUGCUUUGUGCCUGGCACCCUUCUAAGUGCUAGAAAAAUGGACUAAAAUCUCUGCCCUCACAGAACGAACAUUUUAGUGGUGAAGGACAGACAAUAUAAAGUAAAUAAAGUAUAUAGUAUGUUAGAUAGUCGUCAAUACUAUGGAGAAAAAUAACAUAGGGAAGGGGGAUAAGAAGUACUGGGUGGGAGUUUGGAGGCUGCCAUUUAAAAUUUGGUAGUCAGGGAAGGUCUCACAGAGAAAUGACAUUUGAGUAAAGACCUGAAAGAAGAACUGCAUGGAGACUGGUCUGGCUGCAAAUAAGUGAUUAAGAGGAAGAAUAGUAGGAGUUGGGGCUUGCAAGGUAAUGUGGGCCAUGUGUAUAGGACGUUAUGGACCAUUGUAAGGAAUUCGCCUUUUACUAUGAGAUAAGUAGCUAUUAGAGCAUUUUGAAUAGAGGAGUGUUUUAUACCUCAAUAAAACCCACAAUCAACGAAAACCUUUAGUGUGUCUGUAUUACCAUAGCUGCUGUCUUCGGAAUAAGCUAUAGAAGACCAAGGACAAAAUCAGGGAGAUUAAUUAGGAGGUUAUUGUAAUAAUCCAGGUAUGAGAUGGUGGGGAUUUAGGUUAGACUGCUAGCAGUUUAGAUGAUAAAGAGUUUUGAUUUGGGACAUGUUUUGAAUUCGUUGAUGGUUUAUAUGUGAAGUGUAGAAGAAAGAAAGUUUUGAGGAUGAUUCCAGUUAUUAGUGUGAGCAACCGCAAAGAUGGCAUUGAUAUUGACUGAGAUAGGGAAGACUAGAAGUAAUAGAUUUGAGAGGGAAGAUGAUAGCUGUGAUUUGGGACAUAUUUUAGUUUGUGAUAUCUGUUAGAUAUGCAAGUUGAGAUGUCAUAAGCAUUCACCUGUAUGAAUUUAGGGGGGUGUUCUAAGCUGUAAAUAUCAUUUAAUGUCAUGGGAAUAAAUACAAGUAAAACUGGGGAAAACUGAGUAAGGUUGGUAUAUGUAUCACUGUCAACAUCCUGCUUAUGCUUUUGUGCUAUAAUUUUUUACUGUUAUUUUAUAUUAUAAGAUGUUAUCAUUGGGGAAACUGGACAAAGGGAAUAUGGAAUCUCUCUGUGUUAUUUCUUAUAACUGCAUGUGAAUAUACAAUUAUACCAAAAUUUAAAAUUCAGUGAAAAAAACUCAUGGGACUAUAUGAGAUCACCAAAGGAUACAGUAGAGAGAGAGAAAGGACAGGGUCCACAGGCUGAGCUCUGGGGAAUCUGACAAUAAAAGGUCAGGGAGAUGAGAAGGAAUUGGCAAAGGAAACUGAGGAGUGGCCGAUGGUAUAGAAAGAAAACCAGGGGAGUGGCAGUGUUCUUGGAGCCUCAGUUACCCUAUUUGUAAAAUGUGAGUGCUGACUUGUUCUAGACUUCUGAGAUUCUAUUAUUCAAUAUUGGUUAUACUUACAUUGUCAUAAUUUGUUCUUAUGACAAGAUAAAUUUAGAAUGCCACGUAUCCUAUUCCCAGUAGCAGAAACAGGGACUCUUUGACCUUGAGAAAAUUAAAUGUUCACAUUAUUUCUCAGCACAUUUAACUCUUUCAUAGGCUUUUGUAAAAGCAGUUCUCUUAUACUUCUAUUAAAGAAGGUAAGUAGGUCAUUUUUUCCCAGGUUCUUUACUGUACAACUAAUGUCCAUAAUUUAUAAGUUGGGGGGAAAAGUUUCCGUGGUCAAAUAAAUUUAGGCAAUGCAAGUUAAAGUUAAAUGGAUUCUUUGAUAUGGGCUUUUUCGUGCUGUAUGUGACUUGUGAAUGUCUAAGAGAAUAUUUAUUUGACCUUAGAAUUUUUUUCUUUGAAUACUUAUUCACUUCUUAAUCUUCAUGGAAUAGUGUGUAGAAUACUGAUCUGGAGUAAUCCUUCAAAUUUUAUGAACUGGGAAAUAAAAAGUAGUUGUGUAGUUUUGCCUAA